GUUACUAGUAACAUGCAGCUGGGUAGAAGUGUCUCAGAUAGGCUGCAUUUAUACCAGAGGACAGAUGGUAUGUGAAGAAGACAUGCGUUUUCUCAGGCAUAUUAGUUUUCUUUCUGGUGAAAGCCUUCAGCUGGAUCAAGAAAUUGCUCCUACUAAGGGAUCUGUUGCAUUUCAAAGCCUGCCUUUUCGCACUGUACUGGACUGGGAAGAAAUGCACGGCAAGUGGCAUGUCCGCCUCACUGGAAUAGCAGUGUACUUGACAUCCGUGCCAGCCUUGCUUGCAGUGAGGUUGAACUGCCUCUUGCACGAUACCAUAGAUGUAGUACUGUAGAUCUGCCUUCUACAUGCUGCGCCACACAGUUCAGCGCAGAGGUGUAGUGAGAUCAGCUGUAGCUGGCUCCGCCAGGUCAUCUGACAGUCUUGUGCCUUAGGAUGGACUCCAAACUAGGAUAAUAAUAGCUGCAGCACAGAAAUCAAGGGCAGGUUGCCGGGAAAUUUACUCAGUGAGGGGAGGGACUUCUGCAACAGGAUGGAGUACAGUUGGGUGUCUUCUGAACUGGACCUGAACCAGAUUCGGCUGAUAGUUUUUCAGGACUGCGAGCGAAGGGGCAGGCAGGUGCUGUUUGACUCAAAAGCAAUCCACAAGAUUGAUGCAUCAGCUCAGAAAAAUGGAGAUGAUAUUCACGCAAAACCAUAUUCCAAGUGCUGCCAAACUAGCAGAAGUGGAGCCUGUACGAUCAACUCUCGGAAAACUUCGACACUUGGAAUGCAAGGUGAAAAAGAAGCAUUGCCUAGAUACCAGUAUACAAGAGCUGCUUCCGAUGUCAACAUGCUUGGUGAAAUGAUGUUUGGGUCAGUUGCUAUGAGUUACAAAGGUUCUACUUUAAAAAUCCAUUACAUACGUUCUCCCCCACAGCUGAUGAUAAGCAAAGUGUUUUCAGCUCGAGUUGGCAGUUCUGCUGGAAGCACGAACAUGUUGCAAGACAGCUUUGAGUACAUCCACCAGGAAUCAAUGGUAGGGAAGUCAUGUCCAAAUCAAAGGAGUUUUGGAGGCUACAGAAAUGGAUGCAGCAUAGGACUUUUGCAGCUUUACAGCAGCCGGCUGUUGUCCAGCACCCCUGAUGCAGCUCCGUUCCGUCUCAUUCGGAGCGCCUCUUUCUUUGCAGCUCACAGCACUCCUGUGGACAUGCCCAGUAGAGGACACAAUGAAGACAGAGACAGUGGCAUUGCUCGAUCAGCUUCCCUGAGCAGCCUGCUUGUAACCCCUCUUCCAUCUCCUAGCAACUCCUUCUCCAGCAGCUGUGCCAGCAGCUACCAGCGCCGCUGGCUGCGCAGUCAGACCACCAGCCUGGAGAAUGGCCCCGUGCCCAGGUGGUGCAAUGAAGAGACCUUCAGUCUGUCAGAUGAAACCUGUGGAUCCAAUCCAGCAAUGAUCAGAAGAAAGAAAAUUGCUGUCAGUAUUAUUUUCUCUCUUCCUGAGAAGGACAGUGAAAACAGGAGUUUCCAGGAUUUCUUUUUUUCACAUUUCCCACUCUUCGAAUCCCACAUGAACAAAUUGAAGACUGCCAUUGAGAAGGCUAUGAUUUCAUGUAGGAAGAUUGCAGAAUCCAGCCAACGGGUACAAAUAUACUUAUGUCGUGUUAUGGAUGCGCUUGGGGAAUUCAGGACAAAGAUCUGGAACCUGUAUAUGGCCCCUAGGAUCACGGAACCUGUGUGGUUAACCAUGGUCUCUCAGACAGCCGAGAAGAGUCAGCUGUGCCAGCGUUUUCUUAAAGAACUCACUCUCCUGACGGAGCAGACCUCCAAAAACCAAUUCCUGUCUGCUUUGCUGACCGCUGUCCUUACAUAUCACCUGGCCUGGGUCCCCACAGUUAUGCCAAAUGACCAUCCUCCAAUCAAGGCAUUCUCUGAAAAACACACUUCCAAGUCAGUGGAUAUGCUGGCAAAGUCUCAUCCAUACAAUCCUCUCUGGGCACAACUUGGUGAUCUGUAUGGAGCAAUCGGUUCUCCCGUCAGACUGGCACGGACAGUGAUUUUGGGGAAACGUAGAGAGCUUGUGCAGCGUGUCCUCUACAUCCUCACCUACUUCAUCCGCUGCUCUGACCUGCAGGAGAAUAUUAUGAGUGGAAAUGGAAAGCCCGAGGUGGGGGAAGCUAGAACACUCUUCACCACCACACUGGAGAAAGGAGAGGUGGAAGAGUCUGAUUAUGUUGUCAUCUCAGUGCAGAAUGACUCCACUCUUAACAGCACUGAUAACAACAAGGACAAUCCUAGCAAGCUCAACGGUGGCUCUCGAAUCCAGGAUACUGCAGCUUCUCCUACUGCUGGAAGGGGUGAGCUGAGCAGCAGCACAGAGAAGACUAAGUUGAGCUCAGAAAGGACCGAUACUGCAGAGCUGACAUGUCUGCCUCUAGACCACAGUCUAAAACCUUGCCAUGAGGUAAUAUCUCAUAGCGUUGAUAUUAAGAAAGAGGUUGUACUUAAUGUGUUCAAGGCAGCAGAUGGCAGUUUACACCAUUCAGCCAAAUCUGAGACCUCACAGUUUCAUUGCACUUCACCAGCAGCAUCCCAGUCUAAUUCUGACCUGGACAGGAAAUCUUCCAUGGUCUCUUCACAGGGUGUGCCUUGUCUCAGACUGGAGACUCGCGAGAGCCCACUUCUACAAAGGGUAAAGUUUCGGAUCGGGAGCUUAGAAUCUCCAGAUUCUGAUCUGGAGAGUCGGCAGAAUGAAAUGGUUAAGAAUUAUCAGACCUUCAGGGAAAGCUUGGAGAAUGAAGAAAAAAAUGGCAAACUUAAUGCAGGUGGCCCAGAGCCAAACAAUUCUGUAAACGAGACGGAUGCUUUCUUGAUCAAGUCUCAUUUACAGCAUAGUACUCAUUCUCGUGCUACCUCUUCCUGCUUUGGCAAAUUUGAAUCAUCCAAAGAGGGUAGAACAGUUGAGGCACCCAUUGUUUCUCCUGGCCAUAUCCAAAUAGAAUGUGGGGCAAAAGGAAACAGUGAGUCAUGUAUGGACACCGCUGGUGCCGUCAGGGCGAAACGGGUAGCAGGUGAGAGGAGCUCUGCCGGUCCCGCCCCACGGGACUGUAAAUCCAGGGGAUGUGCAACUGUACCUUCAGGGGACACUGAAGGUCCUGGGAAGAAGGUGUCUUGCACAGUGAAAGGGGACAUUCCAAGGAACGAGAGUUCAGACAGUGCUCUAGGAGACAGCGGUGAUGAGGAGGCCUCACUGGACCAGAGAGCCAAGCACUGUGAAGACAAGCAAGAUGAAACCACAGAGGAGUACGAAAUCCCGCUCCCAAGGUCAGAGACCAUCAGCAAGCCUCAUGUUAACAACUUUGGAAGAUCUCUGUUUGGUGGAUACUGUCCACAGUAUAUGCCAGACUUUGUGUUGCAUGGAGCAAGCUCAGAUGAAAGACUAAAACAGUGUUUAAUGGCAGAUCUUGACCAUGCAGUGGUUCAUCCAGCCUUAGAUGAGCCCAUAGCAGAAGCUGUGUGCAUCGUUGCCGACACUGAUAAGUGGACUGUGCAAGUCGCUACAAGCCAGAGGAGGGUGGUGGAUUCAAACAAACUGGGAAAGGAUGUCCUGGUCUCCAGCCUUGUUUCUAACCUGCUGCAUUCCAUGCUUCAGCUCUCUAAGCUCAACCUUUCUCCUACCUUUUGUGUCAUGCAUCUUGAAGACCGACUGCAAGAGGUGUAUUUCAAAAGUAAGAUGUUGUCUGAAUACUUAAAGGGACAAACCAGAGUACACGUCCAGGAACUUGGAGUAGUUCUUGGGAUUGAAUCAAACGACCUUCCUUUGCUUGCUGCUGUGGCGAGUACACAUUCUCCUUAUGUUGCUCAAAUACUGUUAUAAGGAAAAAUUCUCAGGACAGCUUCCCCCUCUUAAAAAUGUAUAAGACUGCGGACGGACAACAAAGAAAUGUAUGAGAACAGGAAAAGACACAAGUACUAAACCUCCCAGAAUGCAAUUGUACUAGGAUGUUUUAUCUGCCAUUGAAAGGAUGAAUGCAGCACUUGAAUAUUGACAAUACAGCGGUCUUCUAUGUGGCUUUACAGAAGGUCUGCAUCGAUUUAAUUCACAUCUUGGGAAUGAGAAUCAUGAAAUGGACUAAACGUUUUCUGCAAGAAAUCUACAAAUAUACAUUGACCCAAAGACAAUGGGAUUCUUUACUCGGAACAGCUUUUGCACCACAAACAACACAGCAUCUUAAUCUACCUUCAUAAAUAUUUUUUUCAUGUCUGCAAGGAGGACAUGGAAGAUGUUGAACUCUUAAGUGGCUUGAGUUAAUUCAUUUGAGGUUAUUUAAAUGAGGAUAGUGGAACAAAACGCAGCAGCUGCUGAUGCUUUCAAAGAGAGAAAAGGUUUCAAACAAGACAAGUUGAUGCAGUCUUAGAACCUGCUAUUAACGUAAGGCUGGUGGUUUGUAUGAGCUUUUUUUCCUCAAUUUAAAUUUGAGUUGUUGGUAUUUUGUUAUUCUGAUAUUAAUAUAAAGGGACAAAAAGAGAUAAAAAAAUAUUUACUUGUUUUGAGGGAAGCCUUAUCCAGUCACAAGUAAAAGUUUACAUGAAGUCAAAAUUAAGGUUAGAUGGCCAACCUGUUCUAGUUUUUUUAAUGUUUGAAACUUACAUCUUUGUGAGACUAGAUGUGCUACCAGGUGUAUAUAUAUUUGGAUAAAGAAUUGUAUUCGUUUCGUGAGAAGUUUUUUUUAACUCAACUUGUUUUUUUGUUAAGGCUGUUUUUGUUCUUUGGUUCAUUACAGAGCAAUCCUAAUGUGCUAUUACCAUUUAAAUUUAGUUUUGGGCAAAAUUGACUAAUAAACAGCCACUUCUGUAUUCUGAGCAGAUUUUUCUUUCUUUAAAAUUUGAAUAAUCUGGUUUGUCUCUAAUACACAGUAGUAAAUAUCUGUGAAUUAAACUUGAGUGCCUUCAGCACAAGGAAAGCAGUAUUCCUAAAAACUGAGUCAUAUUAUCGAUUCCUAUCUUGUGUAUUACGUAGAAAAUAACACUACUUCUGAACCAGCUUUAAUCACUGCAAAUCCAUUUUGGAAAAUAGUUGUCACAGCUAAAAAAAAUAUUGUAAAUGUUUAAGGUUGGGUUGCUUAUUGUACACGGAUAUUUUCUUGAACCAAGCCCAGACACUGUGCCUCAGAGUUGCAUUCAUGUACCUGUAAUGCUUGCGUUCUAAAAUGGUAUUUCCUUAAUGACAGAGUUCAAAUGGACAACCAUGUGCUUUUACAUUUAAUGACCAUAGUCCACUGUGAUUGAAUGCUGCUUUUUCAUUCCGUUUUUAACCCAGGUAUGUAGUUUUGAAUCGUAUAAUUACAUACUGAAUACUGAAAAGUAAAGCAAGAUUUUUAUUGUUUGCUAUGGAUUUCUGAAAACUGUUUUACAAAUUUGCAGUGAUAGUACAAGCUUUAACAAGUAUUUAACUUUUUUAACAACCAUGGCUUUUUUUCCCCCAAUUAUGGAUCUAAACUGGAUCUAAAAAUUUACAUUGUUUUACACUAAACUCUACCUCAGUGGGCAGGACUUUAUCCUUUGUGGGUUUUUUUUUUUAGUCUUACCUGUCAAUGUCUCUCUCUUGUGACAGUUUGUUCUUCAUUUAAGCUUCUGGUUAAUGUUAUGACCACAAAAUAAGCAAUUUUAUUUGUAUAACAAAGGUUUCUACACUGUAAUAGCAUGUAUGUGGUUUAGGUAUGUGUAGAAUGUCUUGAGCAUGGAAUUAAAUUUGUGGUAUGUAUGAAGAAAUUGAUAUGUAUGUUAUUGAAGCUGGCAUUGCUUGUGUUUGUCAUUCUUUGUAUUUCCUGUUCGGUAUUGGGUCAUGUUUAAUAAACUGCAAAUAAUAUGAAUUGCA